CCCACAUCUCUGAGAGCAAUUCGAGUACGAGAAGAUAGCCAACACAUAUCAUCGCCGAACCUUAAGUCGACAACCAUGGUUGCCUCGUCCGUGUUUGGCCUCGGCCUCUUUGCCGCCGGCGCGGCCGCCCACGGCGCCGUCACCAGCUACAUCAUCGCCGGCAAGAACUACCCCGGCUACCAGGGCUUCUCUCCGGCCAACUCCCCGAACGUCAUCCAGCGGCAGUGGCCCAACUACAACCCAAUCACGACCUGCUCUGCCUCCCAGCUGCGCUGCAACGGCGGCACGUCGGCGACCCAGUACGCUGAGGUAGCGCCGGGCCAGACGGUGUCGGCCGUGUGGCAGCAAUGGACCCACAGCCAGGGCCCUAUCCUCGUGUGGCUGUACAAGUGCCCCGGUGACUUUAGCUCGUGCGACGGCUCCGGCGCCGGGUGGUUCAAGAUCGACGAGGCCGGCUUCAACGGCGACGGCAGGACGGUGUUCCUCGACACGGAGCGGCCCUCGGGCUGGCCCAUCUCGACGCUCGUCGGUGGCAACAAGCAGUGGACCAGCACGAUCCCGCAGGGCCUCGCUCCCGGCAACUACCUCAUCCGCCACGAGCUCAUCGCCCUGCACCAGGCCAACGCGCCCCAGUUCUACCCCGAGUGCGCCCAAAUCAAGGUUACUGGGUCCGGCACGCUGCAGCCCGACUCAUCGUACAAGGCUGCUAUCCCGGGUUACUGCAAGGAUAGCGACUCCAACAUCCGGGUCCCUAUCAACGACCACAGCAUCCCUCAGACGUACAAGGUUCCUGGUCCCCCGGUGUGGACGGGCGCGGCCAGCGCGAAGAGGGCCACGGAGUUCACUGCCUAGGUACGGCCGUGUCUUGCUGGACCAUCUUAAGGGAUGCGCAUGAGAGGAGCUAGCAUGUCGGGCUGACCAACGCUUUAACUUCUUGUAUAUCGUCCAGACUCCCAGACGAAACUGCUCUACUAUGAAGUACGUUGCCGCUGGUUGCACAUAAAUUCGAUUAGUACCUUGCAGUCCUCAUGUUUUGGGAACAGCUUACAUGUGAUGGCGUGGAUGAUGGCUCCAGUCCGUGUACUCAUACAGCUACCUAGGAACCUGCCUUAGUGAUGAUUUGGAAAACAAUAACAGCGCGAGGGAUAAGGGUUUAAUCAAUACCCGGUAAUUAGUUAAGUCGGUUUUGGGAGACUGUGUCUGUUCAACUGAGAGAUACUUGUAAAUUACAAGCUCGAUUCCACGGAGCCAGAGAACAUUACAUAAACGUUAUCACGGGUGUUCAAUUCCAU